AUGGGUAUUAUAUUAGAAGAAAAUUAUAUAAAAUUAAAUGAAAUGAUAUUUAAUGAUAUUUUACAAUAUUUAAUAAUUAAAAAACAAUCUUUCAAAAGUUUAUUAGAAAUAUCAUUAAUAUCCAAACAGUCAUUCAAGAUAAUACAAAAUUUAAUAACACACCAACAAAAACAAUUAAAAAUAACAAUAGGAAGUAUAGAUUCAAUAAAGAAAUAUAUCGAGAAUAGUUUAGAUUGCAGUAAUGAGGUUUACAAAAUUAAAUUAUUUCAAUUUAGAGAUAUAGAGUAUGUAAGAUGCAGAGGAAGCAAGCCAAAGGUUUAUAAAAUUAAAAGUGGUGUUGAGUUAAAAGAGUUUUUAAAAGAGAAUUGUCCACAGCUAAAGAGAGUACAUUUACUUACUUUUACAUUCGCCGAUAGAUUUGAAGGAAGAGAUUUGGAUCAUUUCUUGUUCAAGCAGUUAAUAGAAUCUCAUCACGAUUAUUCAGAAGGAGGAUUCUUUAGUUUUGACCAGGUGGAAAGUGAUCUUUGUUCAGAGUAUUUACCUCUCUCCAACAGAAAGGAAUUUAACGAGACCCAUGGUGCCGAUAAAUUGCAAAUCUCAUUAUAUAAUUACAGCUUGGACGAUGUUUUUCACUAUCAACCAAGGAAACUUUCAAUCAAAUACAGCAGAUUCAGGGGUUUACUAUUGUAUAAUUUAGAUCCAUUUUUAAAAUUUGACUCUAUAGAAUCUCUUUUCAUACAGCAACCAGUAACAGCAAAAUUCAUAAGGAAAGCUUUGGCAUCAAAAUCAUUGAAAUCCCUAUCAGUCACCUUUAUGUUUGAAAAAGACUUUGAUUUGUUUAUUGGCAAGGUAAAGCCUGAAGACGCUAUCGAUAGCGAUAUCGAUACCAACGGAGAUAGUGUUAUAGUGUAUGAAGAAAGUGGUGACGAGGACGAGUACUAUUCUUCGAAUAAAGAUGCAUUAAUCGACAAUAUAAAGACAAAAAAACCAAAAAAGAAUCCAAUCAGAGAAGAGACAUCAAAAAGAGAGCUUCUCGUUAAAGAACUAACUGAUUCCUUACAAGAGCUAUCAAGUAAUAGCACAUUAAAGAAGUUAGAGAUUCGUAUACUAUUGCCUUUUUAUUGCAGAGACCCAACCCUGUUAUUUGAGAGUAUUAAAUCAAGCGGAAACCAGACACUAAGCAAGUUAAGUAUACCAGGAUACAAUGUAACUAAAUCAAACUUUUUAGCACCUCUAUUAAAAGUCCCAUCCAUUUCAACAUUAUAUUUCGAAAGUAAUCCAAAUUUCAAAUAUAAUGUUAAAUCAUUUAAUGCAUACCUCAACCAUGUUAAUGAAAAUCCAAAUAUUUCCAAGUUCAAAUGUUCAUUGGUUUACCAUUUCGCUGCAUGUGAUAUAAUACUAGAGAGACUCGUUAGAUACUUUAAAGAAAACACAAGAACCCUUUCUAUUUUUAUAACAUUUCAAGUUAUUAUGGAAAACUUUUUCGAAUCAUCCAGCAAAAUAUUAACAGACGAAUUUUGUAAAAAAGUUCAACAGGAUUGUUUAAAUAUUCAAGAUCAACUAUUACAACAAUUAAAACAAAGUAAUAACAAAACACUAUCAUUAAUAUUUAAUCCAUAA